AAAAAAUGGGACUUUUUAGAGGAACUGACAUUAAGCAAUUCAUAGCAGCGUGAAGACCGGGGAAGAUGUUCUCGCAAUCAGAGUUUCCUCCGUUAGAUACUUAAAAGCAUCAGUAGAUAUUUUUAGUACAUUAAUGAUACUUUCCACUGUUCUUAUCUCCCACUGCUGGAAAAUGUCUGACAUGUUCAUAUUCUUCUGUUUGUGGCCUCUUUUUGAUGGAGUGAAGAUAGUGUCGGUGAAGGAAGGAGAUUCUGUCACUCUACGGACUGAUAUCCAGAUACUGGAUAUUUUUUUCCAGCAUAUAAAGUGGAGCUUUAGACCUGAAAGUAAUCCAAUAGAUAGACCCGUUUGGCAUGGUGAGGAGAUAAUUGGAUAUUAUGAGAGCGAGAUAUUUAGAGACAGACUGCAGGUGGACAAUCAGACUGGAUCUCUGACCAUCAGAAACACCAGGACAACAGACUCCGGACUUUAUCAACUCUACAUCCCAUUCCAUUCAACAGAAUCAUUUAAUCUUACAGUCUACACUGGUCUUCCCACCCCUGUUAUCAGCAGAUACUCCACAUGUUCUUCCUCAUCUUCAUCGUCAGGUCAGAUUUGUUCACUGCUGUGUUCGGUGGUGAACGUGAGUCACGUGACUCUCUCCUGGUACAAAGGAAACAGUUUAUUGUCCAGCAUCAAUGUGUCUGAUCUCAGCAUCAGUCUCUCUCUACCUCUGGAGGUGGACUAUCAGGAGAAAAACACCUACAGCUGUGUGAUCCACAACCCCAUCACAAACAAGACCAGACAUCUCAACAUCAGUGAAGUCUGUGAGACAUGUGCAGACUGCUGCGGUUUCACUGAAGUCGUGAUUCGAUUGGUCCUCUCUGCUGUUUUGGGCAUGGCCACUGUUGCCAUAGUGAUUUAUGACAUCAGAUCCAGAAGAACCAGAUCAUCAGGGACGGUUAGUUUGAAUCAGUAGAUCGUUGACGGCUCAAAUGCUCAAAUGCUUAAACAGCAGCUACAGCCACAAGAAUCUGUAUCAGUGUGAUAAUAAAAGAAUAUGAUUUAUUGUG